AUAAAUUCACGUACAACUUAUUUACGAAUCCACGUCACUCUGUCAUCAAAAAACAAAACUAAAUUUUUCUCCAGACUUAAGACUAGGAUGACAGAUAAUUAUGGUUCAAAGUUGGAAGGAAAUAUAGAUAUUCCUGAGGUUGACCAAAAUUUCAAGGGAUCAUUUUUAUCUUCUGCUCUACAGUCAAGGAUGUCUAUAUCACUGUCUAAUGUAAAUGCCAGAGAAUGGUUCACCAAGACCAGAGAGGGUGUCAAACCAUGGGGAGAGUUCUUCAAUUUCAACAAGUUCAAAGUUCCCAAGUCCGUAGCACCUGUUCCCAAGCGCGUGGUGCGGAACAUUGAACAAUUCCAGAGUAACUACAUGUUUGUCUUCGGUGGUCUCAUUGUUUUCUGCAUUUUGACAUCUCCCUUAUUGUUGGUGGCAAUAGCUGUCUGUCUUGGAGCUUGCUACAUUAUAAGUCUGAAAAACCAGGAGAGAAAAGUCAGAAUAUUAGGAAAAGAAUUAAGUUUGGUCCAGCAGUAUGCUGCUGUUGGAUUGUGUUCUUUUCCUAUUUUCUGGUUGGCUGGAGCAGGAUCAGCUGUUUUCUGGGUCAUAGGUGCCUCCUUCUUUGUGAUUAUGCUGCAUGCUUCAAUGUACAUAACAGCAGAGGAGUCGGAAGCUAUAGAGCUUGAAAUGGAGGAAGUCUAGACAGGCUUCAGGCUUAUUCUUCUUAUACUGUGUAUACUGUGGCAAUAUCAUUCAUGUUUGUCACUUCAGAGGGCAAGGGAACUCACCAAUAUUUCCAUGUUAGUGAAAUCCUAUUUUUGACCAUCAUUUGGGGUUUUAUUUCACAAUUUCUGUGUGUAACCAUUUGGUAUACAAUCAUUUUGGUAUGGUGACAAUCUAUGUGCGAGCAUGUAACGUCAAAAUGUUUCCAAUGUUAUAACAUGACCUAUUUCUGUGCCAUUUCACGUCCACCCCAUACAGAGAAUUAUAGAAGAAACUUAUUUAUUUAUUGAAGACUCUAUAUUCAGAAUAUAUUUGUAAACAAAUAUUUUCAAUGAGACUUUUAACAUUAGCAUGUAUAUUUUAAGUGCAUACUGAACAAGGAUAGAUCAGAAAAUUGGUGUCCUCAGUUAUGUAUAUUCAAUUAUGUCUCCAUGCAAUCAUUUUAUUUUGCUAAAAUUUUAUGCUCACCUACAAAAAAAUCAUGAGUAAAUCUAGCUUGAUUUUCUCCAUUAAUCUGAUUUACAAGGAAAGACAGAUUCAUGCAUAUGGGGAAUAAUUGGGACUGUGUGUAAAUUACACCCCCCCCCCUUCCAAAAAAAAAAUUAAAUAAAAGUUUGAGUGUAAAGUUAAGAAGCUGUUAUUGUAAUUUUCUUUUAGGUAUAGAAAUGAUUUUCUAAACUACCAUUUGUCAAGAUUUUUUUCUUCACAGCUGUAAAUAAUUAUGGGAAUGCAAGACAUUGUCACUUUUGAAAAACAUUUACAUGCAAUUUAUUUUGCAGUUAUAAUUUAUCUGUAUCUAUGCAUGAUAUAUGUAUAUGAAUCUCAUUAAUCAUAUGAAUUGUAUUAAUCUUGUGAUGAAUUUUGUUAUCAUGUAGGUAUCGGGAUCUUCAUGUAAAGGUGAUAUAACACGCAGUCUAGGAAAAAUGCCAAUACAUUUGAUACAGUGUAAAUUGAUAAGGAAUGAUAAAAUCAUUUAUUUAAAAAAACGUCAUAAAACAAUAUUAAAAUACAUAUAUUCAUUGAUUUAAAUUGUUUCUGGUGUUGUUGUUUUUUUGUUGAUGAUGUAAAAUUAAAUGCCUUUUGGUACGCUUUUAAAUGAAAUAAAUAUUUUGAAGGGAAUAAAAGCUUAUUAUUUUAGAA